GUGACUUCCUGCUGCCUCUGAAUCAACAUGUAGGACUCUCGGCUCCCCGUCAUGAGGAGAAAGGAAUGAACCUCUGAAACUCCACGCUGUCUGGGCUGGACCCAGUAGAAGCCAAGUCCAUGGAGAGAUGCUGGGAGAUGGGGGUGACCAAUGGCUCAGAGAGUGGCUUGGAGUUCAACCCUAUGAAGGAUUACAUGAUCCUGAGUGAUGCCCAGAAGAUAGCUGUGGCGGUGCUGUGUACCCUGCUGGGCCUGCUAAGUGCCCUGGAGAACUUGGUGGUGCUGUAUCUUAUACUGUCUUCCCAGCGGCUCCGCAGGAAGCCCUCGUACCUAUUCAUCGGCAGCUUGGCUGGAGCUGACUUCCUGGCCAGUGUGAUCUUUGCCUGCAACUUUGUCAUUUUCCAUGUCUUCCAUGGUGUUGAUUCCAAAGCCGUCUUCCUGCUGAAGAUAGGCAGUGUGACCAUGACCUUCACAGCCUCUGUGGGCAGCCUGCUGCUGACGGCUGUUGAUCGAUACCUAUGCCUGUGCUACCCACCUACCUACAAAGCUCUAGUCACCCGUGGGAGGGCACUGGUGGCCCUUUGUGUCAUGUGGGUCCUCUCGGCAUUCAUCUCCUACCUGCCACUCAUGGGAUGGACUUGUUGUCCUAGCCCCUGCUCGGAACUUUUCCCACUCAUCCCCAAUGACUACCUGCUAGGCUGGCUCCUAUUCAUUGCCAUCCUCUUCGCCGGCAUCAUCUACACCUAUGGGUAUGUUCUCUGGAAAGCCCACCAGCACGUAGCCAGCUUGGCAGAGCAUCAGGACAGGCAGGUGCCUGGGAUAGCUCGGAUGAGACUAGAUGUGAGGUUGGCCAAGACCCUGGGGCUGGUACUGGCUGUCCUGCUCAUAUGCUGGUUCCCUGCAUUGGCUCUCAUGGGUCAUAGCCUGGUCACCACACUGAGUGACCGGGUUAAGGAGGUGUUUGCCUUCUGUUCCAUGCUUUGUCUGGCUAACUCUAUGGUCAAUCCUAUCAUUUAUGCCCUGAGAAGUGGAGAGAUCCGCUCCGCUGCCCAGCACUGCCUGGUAAGCUGGAAGAAGUAUUUACAGGGCCUUGGACCUGAGGGGAAAGAAGAAGCCCCAAGGUCCUCAAUUACAGAGACAGAGGCUGACGUGAGAACUACCCCGGACCCUGGUUCCAGAAGUCCAGGCUGCUCCAAUUGCUGACGGCACCUAUUUUCCUAUUGGUAACAGCCUGGGCAAGAAAUCAGGUCACUCCCUCGAGGAGAGAGGUGUCCCAGACCCUGAAUCUUUCUGGAACCAGCUCUAGGGGACUGGACACAGAACCCUCUUUUGCCAACCAGUGCUGGGCUUCAUGGCUGGAGGGUGGCCUGCUCAUGCCUACCUGCAGAGUCUGUGGAGAGAGGCCUGUGAUGAUGACAAGCUCUGUUCACAAGUUAGGAAACCCUCCUGACUCCAGUGACCGAGAAGCCAGAGGGGCCUCCAGGGACCAUAAUAAAGGACUCAGAGGAGAUCUGAGAAGAUGAAGGGCCUGUUCUCCUGGGAUCACAGAGUACCUCGGCCAGUGUGGUCACUGCCUACAAAUUCAUCAGUGUCCACGUCUUCCAUGGUGUGGGUUCCAGGCUGUCCUGCUGAUGACUGACAGCAAGACCAGCUAGCUCUGGUUCCUGCUUCGUUGUUUGGGACUCCAUGGCUGGCUGUAAGCUAUGUGAGGCUCCGCCUUUCAGGCCACCCUUGCCUUUUGAGGGUCAAGAAUCAUGGUGUGCUGAAGAUCAAGAAUGUUGACUCAGAGAGGGUCAUAGCCAUCAGCUCAGGGUAUAUUGUUGGGCCAGAGCCCUCAUGACACCCUGAUAAGCCUUGAAAUCAUUGUGACAUUAGGUCCUUGGGGCCCCAGAGGAGGCUAGAGGUACACAGUCUUCAGGGAACCGUAUUGAUCUUGUGACAUUCUGCUGUGUCUAGCGUAGUAGCAUCCCGGGCUAGCCUAGUUCCAGUAAAAAGCAAGAUAUUCACAAAGAUUUCCUGGGUCCUAGAUUGUUGCCAGCAAUGCUCAACUUACCCUCCUUGCCUCUUCCACACUGGUCCUGCGGGGAUAAGCAAAGGGACUGGGGAGGGAAGACUUCCGCUGUGGUCCUGGCACAGGCUUACAUCCUCUGUCAACAGCCCUUGCUGUGUCCCUGCAUACCUGAAUUUUACCUUCACUAGGGGGCAUCCCCAACAGAGGGAAGUUCGAGACGCUGCUGGUGGCCGGAGAGGUAACACUGGGGACCACAGACACAGUGAAAGCAAAGCUAUCCACUAAACACGUCAUUUAAUGCUUACAAAAGGAUGUGUUCCCUGUCCAUUGCUCUUUCAUCUGCAUCAUAAAUAUGUUAUGCCAGGCUGUGUGCGGUCCAGCAUACCCAAGCCAUGAAGGAGCUGGACCCUAAUCAGGGCUUGUAGUCUACAUUCUGACAAGAAGUGAGUCAGGGAAGCUGAGCCUGGUGGCAUAGGUCUGUUAAUUCCAGCUCCUUAAGAGGCUGAGGCAAGAAGAUCCUAAGUUCAAAACCUUCCUGAGUUAUACACGGAGUUGAAGUUCAGUUCAGGCAAAUUGGUGGGACCCAGUGUCAAAAUAAAAAAAUAAGUAAGUGAAGGGCUGGAGUGGAGCACAGUGAUGCACAAAUAUAGCCCUGGUGUUCAGGUAGAAUUGCUGAAAGCUUAAGGCCAGCCUCCCCUAAGUGAGACAUCUUUUUUUUUUUAAUGGGUAGGGGUGUUUCGCUGCAUAUAUGCAUAUAUGUUGUGCAACACAUGUGUGCCUGGUGCUCACAGAGACCAGAGGAGGGCAUCAGAUCCCUUAGAACUGGUGUUACCAAUCACUGGUGAGCUGCCAUAGGGGUACUGGGUCCUCUGGAAGAACAGUGCUCUUAAGCUCUAGCCAUCUCUCAGGUAUGAGUCCAACUCUUAUACACUUUCUACUUUUGCUUUAAGCGGAGAGGCAGAGUUUAUGAAGGGAAGGGGUAGGGGUCAAGGUAAGGGCCCUGGGUAGAGAUGAGAAACAGCCUUGUUUAGAUGACGAUCCAGCCAGCAGACAAGACUUGACCAUUGCCCAGAGAAACCAACAAGGUGGUGCCCAGUGCAAAAAAACUCAGGCUCCCUAAUAAUUCAGGUCAGUCCAUUCUGCUACAGAGUCUCCCACAUGCCCCUGCAAGAUGACAUUUUGGUUUUUCUGUUAGGUCAAAUGAAGGUUAUGGUGUCCCAUUUUACUUUCCCCAAGACAAGUUGUGUGCAUCAGAGGCCAUUGCAAUUCUAAUCGCUAUUGAAAGGAUGAGGGGAAAGAAGUUGAUUUUUUUUUUUUUAAGUCUCCUGUGCUUAGUGUUUUAGGCCAUAUUUCAAUGUUAACUUGGGAAGGAAGAAACAGAAAAUACUGUUUCCUUAUUACUCCCCUAAAGGAGGCAGCAUUUGGUCUGUCGGCAUAAGCCCUGGCUUUUUCCAAGGUGCCGGGCAGAGUAGCUGGAGAGAGGAUUUCCACUGCUGUAAAUUGUGGGACUGCCUUUGGCCUUCACUUUUGUUAUCUUGGGCACUCCCCGCCGUGUCCUCGCCUUGGUUUCCUCAUGGGUCAGUUGGGAAAGGUAGGGAAGAGGGUUGCCAUCAAGGAGCAGUAAAACCUCUUAUUGCUCUAACAUGUGGUUGUUGUCUCAGCAACCAUGGAGACAGUUGUGCCACAUAGACGAUGUGACUUCUGGCUUGCAUACUUCCUGCAGCUACGGACACAGACACAGACACACAGACACACAGACACACAGACACACACACACACACACACACACCAUUGGGCAUGUGUUGACUGUAGAGGAACCAGGUGGCCUGCCAAACAAGUUUUGCAGACCUUCCUGAAGCAAGAGGGUCUCUUGGCUCUCAAAUUUCUUGUCCUGCUAUUCUAAAAAUCGUGCCUCAGUGGCGCUCUGUGGGCUUAUUCAGUGUUGCUGGACUGACCCCCAAACUUACAACAUGCUAAGCAAGUGUUCUACUCCUAAACUACUUCAGUUAGAUGCUAAGCUCUCUGAGAGUCCCUCAGGGGAUUUGGGGGUGCAGCUCAGUCAGUAGAGGUCUUCCUUUGCAUGGGCAAAUUAUGCAGUACUGUUCAAAGGCCAGUACUGCAUAAAACCAGGAGUGUUGGAGCUACCCCGACCUGCAAUCCUAGCACUCAUGAGGUAGAAGCAAUCCUAGCCUGAGCUACAUGAGACACCUUUAUCUCAAAAUAGAUUUAAGUUACAAUUUAAAAUUAAAAUGUCUAAAUACCUCAGAGUUCUCAAAGUAAGUUCAACGAACAAGAGACAAGCCAGAAUAACCACGUCUGCCCUUCCUCUCAGCAGCUAUUUCACUCUCCUCACAAAGUUCCUUCCUAUGGUGUUUCUACCUCGUUAUUUCUAAAUCUCUUACGCAACUCCGCAAUUGGCUUAGCGCCACCUGCCGCUUGGAUG